AUGGAAACCCUUGUAAAGCUGACCGUGGGAUACCCAGAGAUCCUUCUAUCCUUGGGUUGCUUCUUCUUCUUCCUCCUCUUCCGUGGACGGUGGGACGCCCACGCGCUUUGGAACUGGCCUCUGCUGGGCAUGCUUCCAGGGCUCCUUUCCCAGCUCCAUCGCUACUAUGACUGGACCACAGAAACCUUCACCGAGUGCGGUUGCACCUUCCUAUUCAAGGGACCCUGGUUCUCCGGUAUGAAUAUGUUGAUAACCAUCGAUCCGGCCAACGUGAACCACGUCUUCAACAGUAACUUCGCCAAUUAUCCCAAGGGCGACGAGUUCCUAGAAAUCUUUGACAUCCUCGGCGAGGGGAUCUUCAACGCGGACUCCGAUUCCUGGAAGAGUCAGCGGAGGGUGGCGCACAUGCUCAUCAGCGAGCACAGGUUCCGGCGCUUCGUGUCCCAGACGAGCUAUGACAAGGUUGAGAAGGGGCUCGUCCCCCUCCUCGCCCAUGUGGCGGAAAAGGGCACCGUCGUUGACCUGCAGGACGUGUUCCUCCGGCUCACUUUCGAUACCAUCUGUAACCUGAUCUUUGGUGUCGACCCUGGCUGCCUCUCGCCCGGUCUUCCUGCUGUCCCCUUCGCGAAGGCUAUGGACGACGCGGAGGAGGUCAUGUUCUUCCGGCAUUGCGUGCCCAGGAACUGGUGGAAGCUCCUCAGGUGGCUACGGGUUGGAGAAGAGAAGAAGAUGGCGCUUGCGUGGGACGCCAUUGACGACUUUAUAUCCAACCAGAUUGCCCUGAGGAUGGAGAAGGUGAGCAAGAUGAGAGAAGAUAAGGCGGCGGACGAAGAAUUGGCGCCGGACCUUCUGACGUCAUACAUCGGCCGUCGACCACACGUCGGAGACAUGGCUGGUGAUUCGAAGAAGUUCCUGCGAGACACAACGCUGAACCUGAUGCUGGCUGGGAGAGACACCACCGGCGCGGGCCUUGCAUGGUUCUCCUGGUUGGUCUCCCAGCAUCCUGACGUGGAGCAGAAGAUCCUCGACGAGCUGAAGCCGAUCCUGGCGGGUCUUCCAGAGUCCCGCCGGGCUAACCUUGUCGUCUUCGCCGCCGACGACCUCAGCUCGGCUGUGUACCUGCAGGCGGCCCUGUGCGAGUCCCUGAGACUGUUCCCGCCCGUCCCCAUGGAACACAAGAGCGCCGUGAAGGCGGACGUACUUCCCAGCGGCCACAAGGUCGAACCAAAGACAAAGAUACUCUUCAACUUGUACUGCAUGGGAAGGUUGGAGGGCGUCUGGGGGAAGGACUGCUGCGAAUUCAAGCCGGAGCGGUGGAUCUCCGACCGUGGGAGGCUGAAACACGAGCCCUCCUACAAGUUCCUCUCUUUCAACUCUGGGCCGAGGACCUGUCUCGGCAAGGAAAUGGCCAUGACCCAGAUGAAGGUGGUGGCGGCCACCAUGAUCCACAACUUCCGCAUCAAGGCGGUACCCGGCCAUGCGGUGGUUCCCAGUCUCUCCAUCAUCCUCCACAUGAAGAACGGGCUCUUGGUUAACGUCGAGAAGAGGACCUAA